CCCUUCUCAGUCUCGGGCUCUUUCACUUCCCGUGGUCCUACUUGAUCUUAGAACUAGCCCAGGCACAAGGGUCAAACAGGAUUCCUGAGAGUCACUCAUGAUGCAAGAGAGGCAGGUCCCCCAGCUUCCCCUGAGGGGCAGGCAGCCCUGGGGAAGGUUGGGAGUAGAGGAGUUGGACAAAGUAGGACCUCAGAACCCUACCUCCAGCCUGUCCUCUAGCUUUCAGGUUCCUGAGCCCAUUUUCUCAGCUCCUCCUAGGAAGAGGAGUCUGAAUCUGCAAGCCUCUCAGGAUCUCCCUCCCUUUGGUCCACCAUCUCCCGCUCCCUGGGGAGCCCACUAGACAAACAUCAUGGUAUUAGGGGAGGGCACGAGGGUCCACUGGGUGGCAAACUGACUCUCUGAGCCUCUUACCAGCCCCAGCCCUGCUGGGUUUUGGCAGUGUUCCUCUUGGCUUUUACCCCCUCUUGGCCCCCCCCCUUUAGCCCUAAAGCAUUGCUGGCCCUCCUGCCCCACUGGGCAAAUGCUCAUGGGUUCUGGGCCCCUGGGUACCAUACCAGCAUGGUCCCUCGCUUGGACAGCACUCCCCAUGCUUCCUCCAUGUGCAGCGUGCACCCAGCUUCCUUGGCUUCCCUGGGACUGCAGGCCCAUUUGACAGACAGAAGUUCCAGCCUCUUCCGAGGAGGGCUGGUCUCCUGACUCCCUCUAGGGUGGGUGCUGAAGGAGGCUUUGGGUUUCCACACAUGGGAGGUUUCAUUUGCACCUUGCAGGGCAAGGGUUGGGCUGGUUGCUUGUGCUCCUCCCAGCCACUGAGGGGACCACCCUAGGCCUCUCCCAUCAUGGGAAGCCUAGUUCUGACAACUGGGACAUCUCUGCAUGGAAGGGAAGAAGGCCUGGAGGGCACAGUGCCACAAUCCCUGGGCCAGGUUGGUCCCCAGGGUGACCUGAGUCUGGCCCGUCUCCUAGCCCAACCAGGCUGCCGGUGACUCAGAAGGGUGGGGGUGGGAGCAGCCAUGGGUAUAAGGAAAAGCCAGGGCACCAUCCUCGUCUUCACCCUGACAACAUGCGGCUUCUCAGAGGACUCCUGAUGGCCAUGGUUUUGAGCCUGGUGCUGGCUACAGCCCAGGGCCUGCGGUGCCACCGGUGCAAAGGCUUUGGAGGAUGUUCCCACGUGUUCAACUGCCCAGGGAGCUCCACCCACUGCAUCAUCAUUGCUACACGGACCCCUAUCAGCUUUAAGGACCUGCCACUGGUCACCAAGAUGUGCGACAGGGGCUGCCCCGAUGUCUCCAGCUUGGGCUUGGGUCCCCACGUGUCUGUGGCCUGCUGCCAGUCCAAUCUCUGCAACCAUGACUGAGCACCUCCUCCACUGCCAGCUAGCCUGACAGCACCUCUUCCCCAGCCAGACCUCGUCCUGAGGCCCCUCACAGCCAGGCCGGCUCACUUCACUCCAAGCCCUGUCUUCCUUGCGAAGUCCUCCAUGAAGUCUUGCCCAAAUCCACUUCCGUGUAAGCUGAAAGCCCUCCCUGUGUGACAUUUUCCCACUCCUGACAACCCUUCCCCCAAUAAAAUGUAACCAAAUCACACGA